AAACCGCACACGUAUCUUUACCCUACCACUAUUGAAAUCCUCCCAUUUUCUUCUCCUCUAAACAAACCAAUAGCUUUGUCUUCAGGCAAAGCAAGAACCUUGGGAUCGGGAAAGAUGGUUCAGAGGAAGACUUGUUUAGUACUCGAGUCUUCUUUCAAUUCCCAGCCUGAAACUCGAUUCGGGCAAGAACAUCUCAAGAACCUUGGACCGGAGAUGAUGAUGAUGAAGAGAACAAAGCCUAGGAGGAAGCUUAAAGACAAUACUACUGUUUCUUCUCAAUCAGGUAAGUCACAAGAAUUACCAAAGCAUGAUCUUGUUGUGAAAGUGACAGGUGGUUCUGGUUCACCUAAUUACAUGAAAGGCACCAGUAGCUCCGAGGCAAGGAAGGAGAACAAGAAAAGAUUUAAUCUUUCUAGGAAUCAGAAGAACCAAACCGGUUCAAAACAUGAUUCUCGUUAUGGAGUUAACAAGGAAAGAAGUUAUAACAAGCCAAGUUCUAGGAUCGGUAGGGGUUUGACAAAGCCUCCUAGUUUCAAGAGAUGCUCUCAGAAAUCUACUUGUUCUUCAACUCUAAAAGAUUCCAAGUUCCCCGAGUAUCUGAUGCUUAAUCAUGGCGAGACUUAUGAUCAAGUUAAUGGAACCUCUGUUUUGAAAGUUUGUCCUUACACGUAUUGUUCACUCAACGGCCAUCUCCACUCCGUGCAGUAUCCUCCUCUGAAAAGCUUUAUAUCCUCGAGGAGACAGAGUUUGAAGUCCCAAAAGAGUGUGAAAAUGGAAGCUUCCAAGGAAGAGUUUGUGAAGAUACGUAUAGAGGAGAAUAAAGAGUUUGAGCAUGGAAAUGGAGCUGCUUUUGAGAUUGAUAUUGAUAGUCAAAUCUCGGAAACUGUUUCUCAAGGAGCACCUCGUUCUGAAACUGAUUCUGAUGAUUACUCUGACAGUGCUGAGAUGGUAAUGAUUUCAGAAGGUGAUCAUGCCAUCGAGUUAAAAGAAUGUGGUUUGGAAGAGACUUUGGUAGAUGAAGUUGUGAAUGAGGUCCAAGAGAAAGCAAACAGAGAUGGAGAUGCUUGUCUUCUAAAAGAAUCUGAUUUGGAGGAGACUUUGGUAGAUAACUCUGUGAAUGAGGUCGAAGAGAAAGCAAACAGAGAUGGAGAUGCUGAUCAAUCUUGUUGCUCUGAUCCUGAAGUAAUCAGUAUAAUCAAGAACUCAGAAGCAGAUAAUGCAAUUGAGGAGACUAUGGUAGAUGAAUCUGUGAAAUAUCUUGAAGAGAGAGCAAACAUAGAUGAGGAUGAAAAUCAAUCUGGUUGCUUUGAUUCUGAUGUCAUCGAUAUGACCAAGAACUCAGAAGCAGAUAACAGAAUCGAGGAGACUUUGGUAGAUGACUCUGUGAAAGAGAUCCAAGAGAAGGAAGACAAAGAUGAAGAUGAAGAUGAAGGUGCUGAUCAAUUUAGUUGUUUUAUUUCAGAAGUUAUCGAUAUGACAAAGAACUCAGCAGCUGGUAAUGCUAUUGAGGAUAAAGAUGAUGCUGGUAAAGAUACAUUAAAGGAUAAAGCUGAAGACUGCAAAGAGGAGUCUCAAGACCAGACUGAAGUUAUGUUGAUGACAAAAGAAAACACAAAGGUUCCAUUUAACCGUACACGAAAACCGUGCAACCAAGAAGAGUCAGAGUCUACCAUUUCAUGGACAAUCAUCAAAUGCAAGAAACCCGUUGCAGAGACCGAGGAUUUAAGAGCAUUCAAUCCAAGAGAACCCAAUUACCUUCCAAUUGCAGUGGAGGAGGAUCCUGAAAAGGUGGACCUCAAGCAUCAAGACAUAGAUGAGAGGAGAAACUCAGAGGAUUGGAUGCUUGACUUUGCUCUUCAGCGUGCUGUUAGUAAACUUGCUCCAGCAAGGAAGAGGAAAGUUGCAUUACUCGUCGAGGCAUUUGAAACCGUGCAACCUACUAUAUCACAUGGUAGAGAACCUGCACCGGUUUUAAGUUAUGGAAGACACCUUCAAGCCUGCAAUUAAUAAAGGUCCAGGGAUGAUCCAAGAAAGGCAACUAAAGGAAGAUGAAUGGCUUUUAUUUAUUUAUCUACUUACAAGAAUCAAACCCAAGUGUAAACUUUGAUGGUUUAUUUCCUAGCUCUUUGUGUGGUAGUUAUGCUUCUCAAUAUAUGAGGACUAAGUGUGUGCUUGCUUGAGGACUAAUUUCUAGGACAAUCAUAUGUGUUUGUCUAGUUCUAUAUAACUAUUUAGAAUUGUGAAACAAUCGUAUGCAGUUUGCAUAUAUUGCUAUGAAUGUUUGAGUGUUGUUUUCAUCA